AUGCUGCUGCGUCCUUCUUUCAUCAUCUUUGCGAUAUCUGUCGUUGCUUAUUCGAAGCAUUACAAUGCAGGUCGUUGUAAUGACUCAGAAGAUGCACUGAAUUUAUUGAAUUUAGCGCUAGAGGAGAUUUUCAAUGCUACCCUGCCAGUUUUGCGUGUUCAUAAGAAUGUGACGUUUAGCUGCGAAUUGGCUAAGGCAGUCAGGAAUGGGUUGGGUAAAGACAGCGAUCCUGAUGUUUUCGUUAUACCAGAUAUACGUGUAUAUAGAAAACGACCAGAAAUCCAACUGGUUGCAGUGGAGGUCUCAAGUUACGCCAUAUAUGGUUUCAUGCAAAAGGCAACUUUUGCGGUUGCUUAUUCGAAGCAGUACAAAGCAGGUCGUUGCAACGAUACAGAAUAUGCACUGAAUGCGUUCAAUCUAGUGCUAGAGGAGUUUUUCAACGCUACCCUGCCAGCUUUGCGUGUUCAUAAAAAUUUGACGUUUAGCUGCGAAUUGGCAAUAGCAAUCAGGAACGGGUUGGAUACUUUAGAAAACAGUACUGGUGACGUUUUCGCUAUACCAUUUAUACGUAUGUCCAAAGUCCGUCCGUAUAGACCACGACCAGAAAUCGAAUUGAUUGCAGUGGCUGUCUCUAGCUACGUCAUAAAAGGUUUCACGCAAAUGAUGAUACCGUCGUGGUAUGAAAGCAUAUUACAAUGGUUCGGGUGGGAUUCGGACUCAAAUUACGUCUUCGGAUGCUAUUUUGCUAAUUUUACUGCACCUGAGGAGCAGUUGGCCGAAUAUGCUGUACUUUACGCGGAAUAUGAAGAAGGUGCAUGGUUGGACAAAAUAGAGGAAAGGUAUAAAUGGUACGUGCGAAAGCUCACAGACUUUGAGAGAACUGGGCUUUUUAAAAUACUUCCGCCUGACUGGGAUAUGGGGUCGACUGAUGACGAGGGAAUUUUGCAGUAUCACCAGAUCUCAAAAGACACCGGGGCUACCGUAACCGGGAAAUUAGGCGUCAAAAGAAACUCAAGGUCCGUAGCUGCACCAAAAGUCAAAUUUGACUUCAUUUGA